AUGAAAGCUAUUCUCCUACAAUUGCUGCUUCAUUGUGCCGGUGCACUAGCUGUUGUCACACAGCAAAAGCCUCUAGUCGGCGUGGAUGAGGUCCCAGGGCACAACAAUGCCACGUACGGCCCCGUGCCGAAAAACGACCAGCUGUUCGCCGUCGAGUUCCUCGAAAUUGCGCCGACGCCUAUCAUCGCUGAUCGCGUGUUCUUCGUCUAUCUUCGCGGCUUCUUGCCCGAAUCCAAAAAGAAAGAGCUGGGGCUAGUCGACGAAAGCCUCGCCGACGCAACGCUCACCGUUUGCACCUCCGUCGUCUACCCAAACGGUAGGCGCGAAGAGCCCACGUCCGUUGCAGCGCGGCUCAAGACGACGGCCUUUGCUGAUACUGCGCAUCUCGUUAUCCGUAAUGACCGGGGGGAUCAGGUCGACUAUCUUCCUAGUAGCGGACAAAGCGACUUGUUGCUCGAUUUCCAGCUCCCCAAAGUGUUUCUACAGAGCGGUAUGUGGACUUUCAGCGUCGACGCGAGGCUCGGAGACCAAAACAAUACGUGUUUAUUCGCUGUGGAGAUAACGCAGUGGCUACACGGGUCACUUCAGGAGUAA